AAACAAUCCAUUUAACCACCUCUUCUGGUAUUCCAAUGAGAAUUAAAUUGUUUUGUUUGGUGCUUUAAUAAUCUUCUUAUAGUUUCGGGUUUAAAACUAUAAUUUGAUUCACACUAAUUAGAUAUAUAUGAAUUUAUCAGGCUGCUAAUAUUGAAACGGAAAUAUUGUAGGGCUGAUUAUCCUGCAGCUCAUGAAGCUAGGAUGUUUGGACUCGAAAGUGCUACGCCUUCAUAGCACAAACACAGGACCGUAAGAUUUCAUCUUGGAGUUCUUUUUACCUCAUGACUGCAAAAGCCGUGAAGAACAAGAACAGAUGAGAAGCUCGAUAGCUUCGAUGAUAAAAAAUCUUUCUUGGAGCUUGCACGAGAUACAAGAUGAAGAAGUAGCGGAACAAACAAAUACCCGUGAUGAAUCUUGGAUUUCCGAUAUGCUGGAAGCCCAACGCAGGGGCGAAAACGUCGUGUUGACCAUUGGGUGUCAUAAGGAAGAACCGGAAGACGAGUUUAAUGCCAUAAACCAAUUCUAUCAUGGACUCGCAUUUUCCGAUCCUGAAAAGCAAACUUAUCUUGGAUGGGGAUCCAAGUCAAAAGGUCAAACAUUGGGCACCAAACGCUCAACCGAAAAGGGUCGGCCCAGAACAGAGAGAAACAUUAGUUUGCAAGUUCUCCAGCAACAUUUUCGGGGAAGUCUUAAAGAUGCUGCCAAGAGUAUCGGCGCGUGCCCGACAACCUUGAAACGGAUAUGCAGGCAGCAUGGAAUCAUGAGAUGGCCGUCUAGAAAGAUCAAGAAAGUAAGCCAUUCGCUAAAGAAACUGCAACUCGUUAUUGAUUCUGUGCAAGGUGCUGAUGGCAUGAUUCAACUCGGGUCAUUCUACACAAAUUUCCCCGAAUUAAGCUCCCCUUUAACGCCUAGUCCCAAACCAAAAGCUAAAGACCCGGUCAACCUUCUAAAAAGUCAAACAACGCCAACCAAUUCUUCGUCAUCUUGCAGCCGCGGCUCCAGUUGUACAACAGGAACAGAAAAGUUGGUUCAUGAAGAAACCAAGCUACAAGUAGCAUCUAAUAACGAUAAACCGAAGAGCGUGUCACAAGAUGAAGGUGUGUUUAGAGUCAAAGCUAGUUAUGGACAUGAGAAAAUUCGAUUUAAAAUGAUGAAAGAGUGGGGAUUUGGAGAGUUGCAGCAAGAGAUAGCAAGGCGUUUCAGUAGUAUAUACGACAUGGGAAAUGUCAUACUCGAAUACAUGGAUGAUGAUUCUGAAUGGGUAUUGUUGGCAUGUGAUGCUGAUCUUGAGGAAUGCAUGGAUCUACAUGAUACAUCUAGCAAGAAUCAGACGAUUAAACUCUUGAUUCAUCAGCCGUCGUCUCACCCCUCAUUCCUCCAUUCAAACGAUGACGUUCGCAUGUGGUAGUUUUUUUUUCUAUUAUCUGUAGGUGUCCCACAUGGGCGGUAUUAUGUUCCGGUUGGGGCUUUUCCCAUUUGAUAUGUUUAGAAAUUGUGUUGCCAGUGAGGUAUGAUGGGGACUCACCGGAGAACGGACCAAGGUACUUGACCCUGUCUGGACCAUACCAGGGGCUGCUGGAGGGUGCUGCUUUCGUGGCGGCUUUCCUCAUUGACACUCUUUCGUUACCUGAAACCCGUGAUGCGAAUGGAAGCGGUUUCACUGCCGCUUGUCCGGCUAAAGAUGAGGAGAGAGCCAUUGUUGAAGCAGCCAUGGGAUUUCUUUUAGAGUAGAAUUAGAGGCUAUUUAUAGUCUUCUGAUCUUGAAUAUUUUUCUCUGUUCUUAUUGGUUGGCCAUAUUUUUAUGGGUCAUAAAUCCAGGGCGCAUGUACAGGUGGAAAUAAUCUAAAAAAUAUAGUGAGAUACUUGGGGUGUAAGAAGAACCAAUUAGAUACUGAAACCUGCCAUUUCACCUAGUAUAUGGAUUUAACUAU